AUCUCCAACCGUUAUCUUCCCAUUAGCUUGAUUUCUUCAAUUGUCACAUAUCGAGCACACCCCACUCCCUCAUCUGCUCCUUUGGCAAGCCAAUUGAGCGACACGGUACAGCUCAUGUUCUCCCGCACCGUACCUCGGGCGCUUCCUCGCCUCAGCCGUGUCGUACAGUGCGAGACUCAACCUCAAGUCGCUACGUUCACGAAGAUCCCAUCACGGACAUGGAGACCGCUCCAGCAGCAAUGCUCCAAGCGACCCGCGAGUACACUCGCGCGACAGUUCAAGGAGCAAUACAAUAGGAGCCCUAUACUGUUUCCAUUCGCAUUAGGCUGCGUCCUUCUCGUAGCCACCGGCGCCAUCAUCUACGUACCCUGGUACUACCAAAACAUCAUCAUCAAGCCCUACCACAACUUCCCCGAACCCGUCGCGAAGAAGCUGCGCCGCGCCAUCUUCUACAGCCGAGGGAAGAACAUCGACCUGAAAGAGGCGAACAAGUAUUUCCGCCAGGCGCUGGCCCUCGCGAACGAGCAUGGGAUGGAUCCCUUCGGGCCGGAGAUACUGGGCGUCAAGUAUGCGAUCAGCAACCUGUUCGAGCAGGCUGGGCAUUUCCCGCUGGCGUGCGACGUGCUUGAGAUCAUGCGCGUGGACUGCAACCGCUGGAUCGAGGAGUUCAGCGACAAGCAUUGGACCAAUGGGAACAGAUCGCGGAUACUCAAGGUCACUGUGCAACUCAAUGUCAAGCUGGCCGAGCUCUACGACAGCAAGUACAUGAACCAGCCCGAUGAUGCGGAAAAGAGGCUAGUGGAAGCUGUGGAAACCGUUCUGAGAGAAACCACGCGGCGGAGGAACGAAGGCGUCAAGGAAGGCGAGGGCGAUUUCAUGACUGAUGAGGAGGUCGGGGGUACGAUGGAAGCCCUCGGAAACCACUACGAGAAAUUCGACUCGCAUUAUCUGGCUACUCCGCUGUUCCUCCAGGCGCUGGCGCUGUGUCCGCCCACUUCUUGCCAUGGCGUCGUACUGAUGAACAACAUCUCCACAUGUCUCGCUCAACAAACGCCACCGCCGGCAUCAAGCGCCCCGCCAACCGCAGACUCGUUUCCCAAUACUCCUCCGACGCCUCGCUCAGCUCUUGUGGACCAAGCGCGGCAAUGGGCCACUAAAGCUAUUGAGCGCGCAUCUAUGAUCGCGCCUCCCGAUCGCAAUGAAGAGUGUGACGUUGGAUGUACCGUCGCGACCCACAACUUGGGCGAGUUCUUCGAGAUGGAGGGAAAGAUCAAGGAGGCACGCCAGAGGUACGACGAGGCUGCCUCGUUGGCGAAGGCGAUCGGUUUCGAAGAGGGACGGGUGAAUGCUAAGGCUGGGCUUCAGAGGCUCAAGGCUCUGGAGAAGGCUGCAUGAAUAAAUCCAUAAACAUUGGAGUCUGCACAUGCGAGCAGAUCCUGUUGUAGCAUAUGUAGGAUAUCAGAUGUAACCAAUUCGACUCCACUGAUCAUGACCACCC